ACUCAACCCAUAACCAUUCAUCAUUCUCUCUUCCUCGUAGAAAAAACAACUAGAGAUGGGUAAAGACGUUGAAGUUGGAGAUCAAUUCAGCGCCAAGGACUACCAAGACCCACCGCCGGCACCCCUGUUUGACCUGGAGGAGCUAACAAAAUGGUCAUUAUACAGAGCCACCAUCGCAGAAUUUGUAGCCACUCUGCUUUUCCUCUACAUCACUGUCCUCACCGUCAUCGGCUACAAAAGCCAAUCCGAAACCGACCAAUGCGGCGGCGUCGGCAUCCUCGGCAUUGCCUGGGCUUUCGGCGGCAUGAUUUUCGUCCUCGUUUACUGCACCGCCGGCAUCUCCGGUGGGCACAUAAACCCAGCAGUCACAUUCGGUCUAUUCUUGGCUCGUAAGGUGUCCUUGAUCAGAGCCGUACUGUACAUAGUGGCUCAAUGCUUGGGAGCCAUUUGCGGUUGUGGCUUGGUCAAGGCCUUUCAGAAGGCUCACUAUGUCAAAUACGGCGGCGGCGCCAACGGACUUUCCACCGGCUACAGCACCGGCACCGGACUUGGAGCCGAAAUUAUUGGGACUUUCGUCCUUGUUUACACUGUUUUCUCUGCAACCGACCCCAAGAGAAACGCGCGUGACUCACACGUUCCGGUUCUGGCGCCGCUUCCUAUUGGAUUCGCCGUCUUUAUGGUUCACUUGGCGACGAUCCCAAUAACCGGCACCGGAAUCAACCCUGCUCGGAGUUUUGGGGCAGCCGUGAUUUAUGGAAAAGACAAAGCUUGGGAUGACCAAUGGAUCUUCUGGGUCGGACCAUUCAUCGGAGCGGCCAUAGCUGCCUUUUAUCACCAGAUUGUUCUUAGGGCAGCAGCUAUUAAAUCAUUGGGAUCAUUCAAAAGCUGAUCGAUCUUCUUCAUGCUUACAAAAUUGUGUCUAUGGGGAGUUUAAUGUCGGUUGCUUUCAAUAAUUGUAUGUAAAUUUUCUACAAGGGUAAAAUCAAGUUGUCUGGUGGGGAAGAUGGGUUAUUUUUUUCUUUCUUUCAAUAAUGUACUCAAAUUGUUUAUAAUUAAUUUCCAAUGUUAGUUAUUGAUUUCAA